UGUAUUAUGAAUGUGUUUAGAUGCCGCCAUGAGCUGAUGUAACUUGAUAAUGAGCGCAAUGUAUGACAAAACGAUCGAAAUAUAUGUAAAUUGUAUUAAACAUAAUACGUAGUGUUAUAUUUUUGGCACAAUGAAUGGAUUAAAAUUUAAUUUUUUAUCAAUAAUUUUAUGUGUUUGUGUGAUUUCGGUUUUGUGUUCCAAUUUAAAAGCACCUACGGUUGUGAUAUCAAUUCUUGCUAGAAAUAAAGCACACACGCUUCCCUAUUUUUUAACACUCCUUGGAAAACUUAAUUAUCCGAAGGACAGAAUUGCCUUGUGGAUUAGAUCUGAUCAUAAUAUAGAUCAAACUGUACAAAUUUUGAAUAAAUGGGUGAAAUUUGAAAAAUCGCAAUACCAUAUGGUUGAUUUUCAAUAUGAUAUUGACGAAGCUGGGUUUUCUGAUGAAAUAAAUGUAAAUCAUUGGUCCAACACAAGAUACUAUCAUGUAAUGAAUUUAAGGCAAACAGCUUUAGAUGUGGCUCGAAAAGUUUGGGCUGAUUAUAUUUGGAUGCUAGAUACUGACGUGUUUCUUACUGAUCCAAACGUAUUACUUCAUCUAGUUUCUAAAAACGUUACCAUUGUUGCACCUAUGCUGAAAUCUGUUAGUAAAUAUUCAAAUUUUUGGUGUGGAAUGACAGAAAAUUAUUAUUACCAAAGAACCGAAGACUAUGAGCCUAUAUUAGAUAGAAAGAAAGUGGGCUGUUUUGAGGUGCCCAUGGUUCAUUCGAGUAUUUUGGUCGAUUUGCGAAAAACGGAGUCGGAUCGCUUGACCUACAGACCUGAAGAAGUAGCGGAGUAUAAUGGACCCCACGACGAUGUAAUUGUUUUUGCAGCAUCUGCUAUGGUAAAUGGAAUCGCAAUGAAUAUUUGUAAUGACAGACAGUAUGGGUUUAUUAUGGUGCCAUUGGGCGAAGACUACAGUGAUUUGACAUUCGAUUUUGAACAGCUAUCAGGCUUGAAAAUUGAGGUAAGAAAUACAAAUAUAUACUAAUAUUUUUUUAUAGUU